AAAGAACAAGUGGUGGUUCUUUCUGCUGUUAGGUUGGGGUAUUCCUGUACCUUUUGUUACAAUUGGACUUGGAGCUUUCUAUAAUGAGUAUGGUGUCAAAGACACUACUGGAAAGUUGCAAUAUUGCUGGCUUUCCUCUGGUGGUGGGACUAAUGCUAUAUGGACAUUUGUUUCUCCAGUCAUUGCUAUCAUACUGGAACAUUCUGAAAGCCACAAUCAUUCUACUGCCACUGCUGGGAAUGACCUGGGUGUUUGGACUGCUGGCUGUCAAUGAAAACACUGCAGUGUUUGCCUGGCUCUUCACCAUCUUCAACUCCUUGCAGGCUCAUGGUUUUGUUUUCUUGCAUAUUUUGAGUGUCUGGUAUUAGAGAGUCGGUAGACUCUCUAUAUAGGGAUGACGCGAGUGAAAUCUCACGUGAUCCGCGUACAAAACGACUAAAAACUCGGUGAGAAUCACUUCCUAGGCCUUCAAAACAUACUAGCAAUAGUCUACGGGCCCAUAUCUACCUAUACAUGUCCCCCAAGAGCUCAUACGCGAUUUCACGAUUUUCGUGUCAUCAUAUUCUUCAUCUUCUUCUUCUUCUUCUUUAAACCCGCUAUCUCCUUACCAGUUCCAGUUCAAGCACUGAUUUUUUCACUGAAGGUCUCCAAUUU